GACACUGCGUCCCUCCCACCCAGGAUGGAGCUUCUCCACAGCGUUGUUAACCUUUCGCUUUCGUUAGGCUUCUGCUAACGAGCUGGCCUGGAGGCAAGAUGUGGCAGGCGCUGCUGCUCGUCCCCCUUCUCGCCUGUCUUCCUGCAUUUGAAUCAACUGGCGCUGGAGCACGUCAAGACAACGAUUCUGAUCCCUUGAUACACAGAGUGCAUAACAAAUUUUCUGCAGUGAGAAAUAUUUCUAAACGAGAUGUUGCAUGUCCACAGGGCAAGUACCAAUCAGGAGAAAACUGUUGUGACCGUUGUGAGCCUGGUUAUGUUAAAGUCAAUGAUUGUACAGCAUCCACUAAAACAAUUUGUAAAAAAUGUGAAGAAGGAAAAGAGUACAUGGAUUUUUCCAAUUACCACUCCAAAUGCUUUCGGUGCAGCUCAUGUGAUACAGAGUACGGUUUGGAAGUGGACAAACCCUGUAACAGUUCCCAGAAUGUAAGAUGCAGGUGCAAGCGUGGCUUUUAUUGCAAUUCCUCAGAACCAUGCCCUCAUUGUGAUCCAUGUACAAAAUGUGAAGAUGGCAUAGUUGUAGAAGAAUGCACCCAAACCAGUGACACCAUCUGUGAAAGAAAAUGGAGCAAGAAGGUGCCAAAGAAACAAAUCAAAGAUGAACAGAAACCAAUGGUGAGUAUCAUUUCUCAAAUGAAUGCAUUCCGCAACAUCAAUUUUCUAGAUAUUGACUUGACGCCUCACAUCAGUGACAUUGCAGAGCAGAUGACCUCAGAACAAGUCCUGAAGUUUGUUCGGAAACAGGGGCUGUCAAACCCUACCAUAGACAAGAUCAACUCGGAUUAUGCGCGUGAAGCUUCAGAGAGGAAAAUAAAGCUCCUUGAGACCUGGUACCAAGAGAAGGGGAUAAAAGGUGCUUAUGGAACUUUAGUAAGGAGCCUGAGAGACCUUAAGGAACGUGUCCUUGCUGAUAAGAUUGUACAAAAUAUGGCUCCCCAUAUACAGAACGAUGCAAGUGCUUAUCAGAACAUAAAUGUGGUCACGUAGAAGACAUUUCCGGCUGUUGAAAUCCAGUUUUUAUAACAGCAGUGUUUACAUGUGUUGUAUGUGUGUGUGUGUGAUUUUAUGUUACCAUUAACCUGAGUUGCUCAUUCUAGAAGUGCUUCAUGGACACACCUGCCUGCAAUUCGGGCAGAGAAGGUCACAGCAUAUGCAAAACAAGCCAGCUGUUCAGUAUCAUACAGAGAGUAACUUUUUGG